AUGCACUACCCUUGCAGGGUUUACAGACAGUUUGGGAGGCUGCAGGGGAUUCCACCGCUGAUUGAUCGCAGGUUUCGGUCCACGCAAAAGGAUUGGGCGGUCAGGCACGAUGCACAUUUACAGACUUGGUCUCACAGGCAGGUUCCCCUCGUCAACUCACUACCACCGCAUGAGCCGGCCAGAUGGAUGGAGUACCUACAGUGGCUGCACCGGAGUACGAGGACUCAUAUCAUGGUCCCGUACACCAACACCCCUGCAGAUGAGGGUGGUGAGGAUGACAUCGCCGAUGCGUUCGACGAGGUGCAAAGGGUUGACAAACAGGUUCUUAGGGCCCCCUUAAAUAGAUAUGUGUCACAACAGUUGUCUAACUACUCCGAGGAAGCUAGUAGGCAACUGUUCUGGACUAGAGACGACAAGAGCAACCCUCUUCGUAGCUUUGUCAAGAAAAUCAAAAAGGGCUGCAAGAAGUUAGCGGCUAAGCUGAGCUGUGCAGACACGACAUAUGAGCCUCCGUUGCACCCCAUGUUGUCUAGGAGCCAGACGGCCUCGAUGUCCACCAGAGCUACUUCGGCUAGGGCCGCUUCCUCCUCUGUACGUACUCCGCAGUACACAGGGAAGGGUCCCGCGGACGUGGACGAUGAGGACGAGGCCCUUCAGUACUCCACGACUAGUGGCGACGACGACGACGACGAGUUACAGUGGGAGUUCACCGGUCACGAGGAGAUGGGUACCUCACAGCUAGGCGGUGCUCCUAUUGGUACACAGGGCGUGGAGUACACACCGGAGGAGUACACACAGGGGGUGGAGUACACACAGGAGGAGUACAGACACGUCGAGCACCAGGGUACUUCGUCCACACAGGAGAUGGACCGUGUCCAUAGGCGGCAGCGAGAGAGGCAGCGGUGAGACCGCACGGACGUGGGGUGGAGAAGCAACGUGGUGCCUACCAAUCCUAGGAGGCGACGGAAGCCGCGAAACCGCUACACCCCUGGCGAUGAUUAGAUUAGACAUGUUUAGCAGUUGGGACUUGUCAUGUAGUACCUGUGACAUAUUGUUAUUUCCAGCACGUUGGUAACUGUGACAUAU